AUGGCGCGCUUCACGGUGCCGUCGGCCAGCACUUCACCGGAGGAUAAUAAAAGAAUCCAACAGCGAGUUACGGCAGGCUACCGAGUGCCGUCUGCGAGCAGUUCGCCAGAAGCAGACCAGCAGCCACCACGGCGAGCUACAAAAGGCUACAAAGUGCCGUCUGCAAGCAGUGCAUCGGACGAAAAUGGGCAAGAAGCUGCAAGUCCACACCGCAGUCCACCAGGAGCUAAAACCAGCAUAAGCGUGGCGCUCAGGAAGCCUACGCCUGUUGUAUCUCACCCACGCAGAAGACCACAAUUAUUUGGUGCUUCUUCCCCUCUCAGCGAGGAUGAUCCAGAGGCCACUCAGGAUGCCAGACCGCCAGGGGCAUAUCCGAUCUCCAAUCAUGGCUCAACGUCUCCAGCGACACCGACUGGCAGUGGUGGAUACGUAGUCAAUAAUACGGUGGAACCAACCGCUGGGGGCCGACAGAAUGACGAGGUGGAGUCGACAGGAAGUGACCACCGGUCCGACAGCUAUUACACUGCCGUCGAAAGUCUUGAUGGUCGGCGUGUCGUGAGCCGCAGAAUGCCGUUGACACCCGAAACGCAACAGAUCAGGCGGCAUACCGUCGACGAAAUUGCGGAGCUACUGGGCGGCCACGACAACUUGGUCCAAUUGGUCCAACAUGUCGGCUUCGGCACUGCCAACAAUCAUGUGGUCACGACUUGGCAAAGGACCGAGGGGCCGUCUCUAGCAGAUCUGAUCAGCGCCAAAAUGCGGCCCGGGAAGCAGUUCAAUGGCUUAUCGGAGUCGUUCGUCUGGCACACAGUGAUCUCAUUGUUGAGAGCCAUUGUCUACCUGCAGACUGGAAGAUCAGAUCACGAGGACCCGCACAUUAAUCCUAACUGGCAACCACUCGUUCACAAUUCGAUCAGCCCAGCCAACAUCUUCUACAGCCCUGCUGUGGCUGGUCAAGAGUACAAGCCUUGCAAACUCGGCAACUUCUCGAAGUGCGCGAUACUACCCCGUAAUCAAGAUCCGGACACAGCCCCAGAGCGUCAAGAGAGACUGGACGCUUUUCCAGUCAUCCCUGAAGAGCAAGAGACAGGCUACGAAGCUCCUGAGAUCUUCCGCGAAGAAGACCACGUCCCUGGCCCGGCGAGCGAUUUGUGGUCCAUUGGUGCAGUCGCUGUCACGAUGAUGAGUGGAUGUUAUGUGUGGGAUUUCGUCCGCCAGACUGCCUUUGAAGCCCGCAUAGGGAGGGACAACGCGCAGCUGCACGAGUCGUGGCGUCACAUGCCGGCUCGCCAGCGACAUUUGUAUCUUGAGAAGCAAGCCAUGCAUGCGGAGAUUGUCCGCGCUUUACCCCAGCACUACUCGUACGAGCUGAAGGAGUUUGUGGAGGCGCUGCUGUUCUUCGACCCGGAAGACAGAGGCCUGGCCGUGAUUGUCUUGGAAGAUGCCGUUGCCAGAUACGAGGCAGUAAAGGCCAGGGGCUCUCAAGUGGUUCAGAAGAAGACGUUAGUCGAACUGGGUGAAGAGUCCGUUAAGCAGACUCGGGCUCACGCACGGCUUCCGGCCAAUGGACCACCGGCAGAUACACCAAUGAUCCCGUGA